AUGCCGCCGUCCAAUGGAUUCUGGAUGACCGCCGGCAUUCUCGCAAGCGUGGCUGUAUGUGCUGGCUUGUUCAUGCAGCAUUAUCUGGAUUCAGCCACCACACGAAACAAUGACCAAAUCACAACUGUCGUGUUUGAUCUAGGAGGAGUGCUGCUCGAGUGGAAUCCGACCAAGUUCAUUGCAGCUCUCCAUCCAGACUCGCCCAGUGACGCCGAGUCGCUUCAUGAGUCACAAUCAACGUUAACGCAUGAUCACAGCGGCGUCACUGCGGAGCACGCGUCCGUGCAAGGUCAAGCGAAAGUGGGCGACGACAUUGCUGCUCGGUCUGGCGUUGCUGUGGACCACCUCACUCCGCAAACACGCCGAGCAUGCUUGGAGGGCAUGACAAGCUCAGCUGCAUGGAAGGCGUACAACCGUGGGACGGCGACGCUGACACAAGCGGCGCUGGAUUGGGCCAAAGCGAAACGCUCCAAUUCUGAGACGACCGCCGCCGGAAAUUGCGCGCUGCCAAGCGAGUCAGACCUGGCAAGUCUGUUUGAAGACUUUGGCUUGCGAGUGCCAGCGCUCAUGACACCCAUUCCGGCCGGAUUGGCCGCGCUGCGCCGAGUGGAUGCGCAGCAACGGUACCGACUGCUCGUUCUGUCCAACUUUCCACGCGACAACUAUGAAGCUGUGCGCACCUUGUGGCCAGAAGUGUUUGAGCCAUUCAGUGGGGCCGUCAUGUCUUUUGAAGUGGCGCUGAUGAAGCCGCAGCGCGAAAUCUACCUGCGGUUGCUGGACGAAUUUCAUUUGCGCGCCGGCGAGUGUGUGUUUAUCGAUGACAAGCCCGAGAAUGUUGCUGGCGCGGUGGCCGUUGGCAUGGUUGGUGUUUCCAAUCUUGAUCGUGGCGCUCAGUUGGAGGCUCGUCUUGCAGCAAUCGGAAUAUUGUGA